GCUGAUCUUAACUUUCCCUUCUCAUCGCGAUCAGUAUCUACAGAACGAUUCCGUCUGCCCUCGCUGAGCAAUAACAAACCACUCCACCACUUCAUCCAAUACAUCCAACACCCCGAAUCCAAAGAAUCAAACAGAAAGAACCAAGAUGCCUAGAGGUAGCUCUAGCGACUGUCUUCAACCCCCACUGACCCCCGCCGAACGGACCAUCGUCAAGUCCUACGGCGGCUGGACCCAGUUCCUGGCCAGCUUUGGUCUGAAGCCAUGGAACAGGGAGGAUGAGAACGAGGGGAAGAGGAUCCUAGAAGCGUUUGUUCGCGAUGAUGAUUAGGAUUGUGAUUAGUUAUCUAGGCUCCGUGUAGAUGGAAUAUCUAUGAUAUGAUGUGAUAUGGUUGAUAGGGUCGGGAUUGCUCGCCGUCUGGUCCUUGCCUGAUAAUGCAGGCAGACUGAAUGUACCUUCCACAGCUGUCGUUUACUGUCACACUCCUUCCCUCUUC